AUAGUAAGUGGGGUAAAGCGCAGAACGCACAUCUCCAAACCUUAAAGUGCCUUAUUUUACCAUAACAGUUCAUUGUUUUGUGUUUGUUUUACGAUGCAAAUGAAUCACAACAUAAUUGGUUGAAUUUUGAAACACCACAGCAACCCACCAGAACAGGAAGUAAGGGAACGAGCGCCCGUAUUACAGCAACAAGUCAGUCCGCUCUUCGGUCUCAUGGUUCAGUGUCGUCUUCGUCGCUCGCGGCUGCCAACGCGGUGCAUAACGUUUACUGAGCUCGCUAAACCAGAUUUAGACUGUGCUCUUUCAGUUUGUUGUUGAAUGUAAUUCGGAUUUGACACCGUCGCUAAUCCAAGACCGUGGUUGAUGGAAACCGAAUAGCCUAACUUCAGGUCAUGGUCCAGCAAACUGUGCUGCUGAGGAGAAGAGGAAGAAAAGGAGGAAGAGGAGAGCAGUGAGUCUGUGUGUGUGUGUGUGUGUGUGUGUGUGUGUGUGUGUGUGUGUAUGAUGGCAGCCAUGGCAGAGUUACCAUCAGGUCUACUGGAGGCUUGUGUGGUGGUCGGAGCUUCCAGCGACAAACUGCAAGAACUCUACCAGUUAUACAAUCAGGGCAAGGUGAAAGAGCUCCCCCAGCUGGAAGCAGAGGUACUGCAGGUCCAUGCCCCGCCCUUCGUUACCAAGGAAACCGGUGGCGAGGUGGGAGACCACGCCUUCAGCCGGGUCCAGAGGAGGCGGAGCUUCAUCAAGAAGAAGAGGGAGCGGCCAGCCCAGCCCAACGGACAACCGGCCAAUCACGGGGCGGCCACGGAGGAUAUCAGCGUUCCGAAAGACAUCGACCUCAUCGCUCUGCCACAGCUCUGUUUCCCUGGCGGUCUUCAGAUAACCAAUGAGCAGAAAGAAGAUUCGUACCACUUCCUGGUCUUCACGGACGUGUUGGGCAGCAGAACUCAUGGAGUGGUGGUCCAGUACUACAGACCUAUACUGGAGGGCGGGAUCCAGAACGGCCAACGUUCGUCCUCCAAGUCCCGCCUGUACGCUUCUUACGCAGUGUGUGUCAUCUCUAAGUACCCCUACUACAACGCUCUGAGGGACUGCCUCUCCUGCUUGCUUGGCCAGCUGAAGCCAGGCUGGACGUGUGACUGUGAGGAGAAGGUGAAGGAGUUCUCAGCCACACUGACCCUGGUCCCCAUCCCUCCCCCUGGACAUCUGCAUGUGGUGUUCAACAUGAAGCCUCUCCAGGUGGUGCUGCCCUCCAGGGAGGACCAAGAGCGACCUGCUGUGGACCUGGACCUGCACCUGGCCUUCCUCUGCUUCAGACCCGAACAGCUGCUACAGGUGCUGGCCAGCCUGCUGACAGAGCAGAGGGUGGUGUUGUUCUCCAGCGACUGGUCCCGGCUGACCCUGGUGUCGGAGGCCCUGCUGCUCUUCCUGCACCCUCUGUCCUGGCAGCACCCCUAUGUGCCCGUCCUCUCCUGCCAGAUGUUGGACUUUGUCAUGGCGCCCACCGCCUACCUGAUGGGCUGCCACCUGCAGCACUAUGAAGAGGUGGCAGCGGAGACUGAGGACCUGGUCCUAGUGAACAUAGAUGAGGGGAUGGUGGCGUGCAGCUGUUCAGCGACACUGGACCUGCCCGCUGUGCCUGAUGCAGCCAGGGACUGCUUCAUCUCCCGGGUGGGCACCCUCCACAUGCACUACGACCUGGAGCGCUGCCACCAGGGCGCCAGCACGGACGUCAACGAGCAGCGCUCCCGGCGCAGAGCCUGGCAGAGGAGGCUCAACGGCCAGAUCCUGAACAUCACCCUGGAGCUCAUCGUCAACAUCUUCAGGCAGGUCCAAGAGCAUCUGAACUACGAACAUCGCGUGUUUAACAGUGAGGAGUUCCUCCGGAGUAGAGAGCCUGCUGAACAGCCCUUCUACCGCAAGGUGCUGGACACACACAUCUUCCACUCCUUCCUGCGGGAUCGUCUGAACAGAAAGAUGGACGCCUUCACUCGGCUUGAGCUCAGCUCACGGACUGAGGCGUACAGACUGCGUGCGAUGACGGAGUCGCCCCGCAGGCCCACUAUGCAGGAGGUGGCUCGCUCCUACACCAGCCCGGACACGCGGCUCAGCAGCAAGCUGGGCCACAGCAUGCCCAACCUGGCAGGGGCGCGCCCCACCACCCUGCCCUUCAGACAAGCCUCCCUCAAGAAGGUCAACGCCGACAGCGGACUGAAGAUUCUCCAGAAACCCGUCAAGAUAUUCCGUCUCCCAGAGUUCCCUCCCCCGCUGGCGUACCACUACGUUCAGAACUACUACUCUGAGAUGAUCUCGCUGCUGGGGAGGGCCAUCAGCGCUGCCCCGCCCGAGGACUCCGCCCUUCUGGCCAGAUAUCACUACCUCAGGGGCCUGGUGUGCUCCGUGGCCGGGCGGCGCCUCGACGCCCUGGACGACUUCCAGACGCUCUACAGGACGGACACGGACAUCUUCCCUGCCGCGCUGGUCACGGCGCUGGUCGACGCGCUCCCGCCGGCGGAGCGGGGCCAGGCGGAGCGCCGGCCGGAGCUGCAGCGCCUCAUCAGCCGCGUCAAGAGGGACACGGAGCAGGAGCGCGCCCUCCACGGCGACCAGGGGGCCGUCAAGCGCUUCCAGCUGCCCAAAAAGCACAUGCACCUGGAGCAGUUUGUGAGGCACGUUCAGGAGUCUGGCAUCGUCAAGGACCAGGGCACCAUCCUCAGGCUGUUUGACGCCCUCACUGUAGGCCAGCAGAAACAGGUGGACCCGGAGCUGUUCCGCGUGUUCUACACCUUCUGGAAGGAGACGGAAGCGGAGGCCCAGGAAGUGGCGCUCCCCGCCGGCGUGGUGGAGCAGCUGGAGGCCAGCGAGUGCGUGUUCAAGCUCUCCUCCUCCGUCAAGACGUCCCGCGGCGUGGGCCAGAUCGCCAUGACGCAGCGCAGGCUCUUCCUGCUGACCGGAGGACGGCCCGGCUUCCUGGAGAUCACCAAGUUCAGGGAUAUCGAGGAGGUAAAGAUCUCUUCGGCUGCGUUCCUGCUGCUGCGGAUCCCCACCCUGAGGAUCCGCUCCCUGGGCAGGAAGGUGGUGUUCGAGGCCAACCUCAAGGGCGAGUCCGAGCUGUGGAACCUCAUGGUGAAGGAGAUGUGGGGCGGACGCAAGAUGGCCGACGAGCACAAGGACCCCCAGUUCAUGCAGCAGGCCCUGACUAACUCUCUGCUCAUGGAUGCAGUGGUGGGCUGUCUGCAGAGCACUCGGGCCAUCUACGCUGCCUCCAAACUAGCCUACUUUGACAAGAUGAAGACAGAGGUACCAAUGAUGGUUCCCAAAACCACGUCAGAGACUCUGAAGCACAAGAUCAACCCUUCCCUGGAUCUAACCUCCGCACAGGCUGUGGAUGUUCUACUCUACACACCAGGUACACACUCGUACACAAACACACGCAUAAACACACACACAUGAACACACUUACGCAACGAGGAGAGGAGGGGACUCUGUGUACAGUAUGGGUCUGUGUCACGCGCACGCAUACAACCUCCUCCACUGCCCCUCCUUUCCUUUCAUACUCCUAAGUUGAUGUAGAACCAUGUGUUGGAGUCAGCUGGCUGAGCGGUUAGGGAA